AUGGCGCCAAAAGCAGCAGAAGUGAAGCCGAACAAUGUCGUCGCCUUCGGACGCGUCAAGUCCAACCUCAAGAUGGGCUGUGUUGGCCUACCGAACGUGGGCAAGAGUUCGCUCUUUAACCUCCUAACGGAGCAGAGCGCCGCGGCUGAAAAUUACCCGUUUUGCACCAUCGAGCCAAAUGAAGCACGCUGUAUCGUUCCUGAUCCCAGAUAUGACUUCUUGUGCAAUGUCUGGAAGCCAGCCAGUAGAUACCCGGCCUAUUUGCAGGUGACGGAUAUUGCUGGAUUGAUCAAGGGAGCUAGUGAGGGAGCUGGUUUGGGAAAUGCUUUCUUGAGUCAUAUUCAGGCCGUGGAUGGCAUGUACCAUGUUGUCCGGGCGUUUGAUAACGAUGAGGUUCUCCAUGUGGACGACUCCGUUGAUCCUGUCCGCGAUUUAGAUACAAUUCAGAGCGAGUUGUGUAAGAAGGAUUUGGACAUUCUUGCUAAAGCUAAGGUUGCCGAAGAGGCAAUUGUACGCAAGGCCGGAGGAAAAUUCAAGAUGCUGCCAUUGUUUGACGAGACGACUGCUAAAAUUAAGGAGCUAUUGGAACAGGAUAAGCCUGUUAGAGAUGGAGAAUGGACGACUCCUGAAAUCGAGUUGAUCAACGAGAAGUUGCGCCUCAUCACUACCAAGCCAGUGAUCUACCUCAUCAACCUUACAAUGAAAGACUACCUUCGCCAAAAGUGCAAGUACCUGCCCAAGAUCGCAGAGUGGGUUAAGGCCCACGGCGGUCAAGGCUCAGAUAUUAUUCCCUUCUCCGUCGAGUUUGAGGAGAAGCUGUGGUCCCUGCGGGAUGACAAGCCAGCGCUAGAUGCAUUCGUGGCCGAGAUUAAGGUCCAAAGCCGCUUGGGCAAAAUCACUACUGAAGGCUUUACUAAGCUGGGACUCCAGUAUUACUUUACUGCUGGUGAGAAGGAGAUCCGCUGCUGGCCUAUCAAGCGGGGAGCUCUUGCUCCUCAGGCAGCUGGCGUCAUUCACGGCGACUUCGAGCGCGGUUUCAUCAAGGCUGAAGUUGUGGCAUACCAGGACUUCCACGACCUGUGCAAAGGCGAGAAGUCGAUGGGGCCAAUCAAGUCUGCUGGGAAGUACAGGCAGGAAGGUAAGACUUACGUCGUUCAAGAUGGUGAUAUUAUACACUUCCAAUUCAAUGUUGCACCGCCAAAGAAGAAAUAG